UAGCAUGCACCCUGCUAAAAAUUUGAGCACGGGCGUAGCCGUUGAAUCGCAGCUAGAAAAAAUUGUGCUCAAAAAUAACACAAGUUUAAAAAGUUUACCUAGGUAAAUAUAUAGAUUAUUUGUUUUGUUAACUAAGUUUAAGAAAAUGAGAAGACGGAUGAACUUCGUGAUCUUCUGUUUUAUACAUAUCAUACAACUUUCUACUACGUUGGAUUAUCACAAGAAAACUUUAAAAAGUAUACAUCAAGAAAACAAUGCAUUAGGUAGUAGCGCAUGCGCCGCAGGAGACAUGAAUUACACAGAUGCAUCCAAACUCAUUCGUGACCUGUUUAAAAAAUACCCAAACUAUCGACCAACCUUUUUAACAUAUGGAACAAAACAAAAAACAGUUAAAAGCAGCACAGUCUACCAAGGCUUGGUAAAGAUACUUCAACGAAACGGCGGUUAUGAUGUUGUGCUAACAGACGCUGUCCCUCAAACCUUUGGAGGUAGCACGUUUCGUUCUGGAACAGCACAUACAACACAAAUGUACAGAUGUACCAAAGCUAUUCAGUUUUGCACGGGAAACCCACGGUAUUGUCAAUUUGAGGAAGGGGACAUUGGAACAAACGUCAUACUUAUAGCACCACACGGCGGGGGACUGGAACCAAAACAAAUGGCCGCACGCACUAGCGGGUACUUUAUCAAUGGUAAAUGUCACUUUGAACACAAAUAUAACAAGAACGGGCUGAAGCCGGAUACUGAGAAAUGUCCUGUGAAUAUCCUUCGAGAUGACUACACACGAAAAUUGACAAUCACUAUAGCUGACCGUAUUAAGCAGAUGACAGGAAGAAGACCUCACGUGAUUUUUGUUAAUUUAAAGCGAUCAAAACUAGACGUGAAUAGAGUCAUUGAAGAAGGAACUUUUAAUGAAGAUGAGGCCACGGUUGCUUAUGAAGACUUUCAUGCUUUUAUCGCUUACGCAAAGUCAUUAAUUAAAGGAAGAGGACUUUUGAUUGAUAUACAUGGUCAAUCUCACAAUCAUUAUUUAGUGGAACUUGGCUAUCACAUCCAGGCUAAAAAAGUAAAUGAAGGAAUUCUACAUGCGAACGAUUCAUCAAUCUAUGCACUCGCAAGACACGUUAAAAUUUCAUUCAAAGAACUAUUCCAUGGAAAUGCAAGUUUAGGUUAUUUUCUUGAAAAAGAAGGGAUCGGUACCAUUCCAUCACCUGUCCAUGAAAACAGAGUACCUGGCGAACGGCAGUACUUCGAUGGCAAACACAUCACCAAGUUUUAUGGUUCAGAAAAAUCAGGUUUAGUGGAUGGUAUACAAGUGGAAAUUCCAAAAACAUAUCGCAAGAAAGCGACGUAUCGAAAGUUUGCUAGAAAGUUGGCAAAAGCUAUUAUAAAUUACAUGGAGCUGAACUAUGUACACCGAGGUAUUAGAACACACCACGAUUUCUUGUAGUAAGAAGAAUAAAUAGUAACAUUACAAUUGUAGAGGGAAACCAUGGAAGUACAAUCUUGAUCACCUCCGGAGGACUCUUAAAUGUUUUGUUUGUUUUGAAAAAGCAUAAGAGAGUAAUGAUGAUGCACGAAAACUCAAAGAAGAACAAAGAAGUGAUGCAACGGAAAUUUGUUGACUUUAGGAUUUUCCACACAUUUCAGUGACUUUCAACUGAGGAUUAUUGUUUAUUUUUUUAAGAUUUUUAAGCUGAGAUGA